CGGCCACUUAAAGGGUGGUUGUGCCUCCCUUAGCUCUCUCAUCGUGGCACCGCAACAUUCAACGACCUUGGGAGUUGCAGCACUCCAAUUGCGUUUGCUGUGAUUGCUCAGGCUCGACGUAUUCCUCCGUCCCUGCAAAGAGCGUUGAUCACGAACUUGAGGCGACUGCGCCGUAAACCCCCUUCGAUCACCCAGCAUGGAGAUGAACUCGGAUGCAAAUGAGCUCCAUCAGAUCGAGAAGGAGUUGAAUGUCGAGAUUCUUCCGGGCACCGAGAUCAUGACGGAUGUUGGCUCCCAUCACUUCGUCAAGGGCUCUCGCCAUGUGCUUGUUCCUCAGCCUUCGUCCGAUCCGCACGAUCCACUCAACUGGACUCCUCUCUGGAAGUCGUUGGCAAUCAUUUCGGCAACGACCGUCUCCUUCACGCAAGGCUUCGGUCCGCUAUCGCUUGCACCCACCUUUGGAUAUCUCAUUGAGGCAUUCCACAGCAAUCUGACCGAUGUCGUAAGGUUUACGGGCGUGGCCAUCCUGGUCCUCGGCUUCAGCAACUUCAUCUGGGUUCCUCUCAGCACUUCCUUCGGCCGUCGUCCAGUCUACAUCGUCUCACAACUCGUCUGUCUCGGGUCUGCGGUGUGGCGCGCUCGCGCAACAACAUACGGCAGUUUCAUGGGAGCUUGCGUUCUGAAUGGCAUCGGUGCCGGACCCGCAGAAACAAUCCAACUUGCCGUGAUUGCCGACAUCUUUUUCCUCCACGAUCGAGGCUUUUGGAAUACGCUCUACUGGGUCUUCUACAUGGGAUCUCUGAUGGUUGCCCCUAUCAUCUCCGGCAGCAUGGCGCUACAUCUGGGCUGGCGCGCAUUCUGGUGGCUUUACUUUGCCAUGACCAUUGUCUCUCUGCUCAUGGUCAUCUUCAUGUUCCCCGAGACGAAGUGGCACCGACUCCAUCCCGACGAGAUUCUCAAGAAUGCAUCAACUUCGCCCCUCGAAUCCUCCGAAAAGGUCAUUGAUAAAAAGGAGGAGGUUGAAUACAGCAGCACGGCUGCCAACGACAACCUCGCACGCGAAGAGACAGCCGACCGUGAUCCCUGGCUGGGCAAAGGUAAGCCUAGCAAGCAACAAUGGAAGUUUUAUCAACCCAACGCCAACCCUUGGAAUUCCAUCCUCAUGGACCUGUGGAUUCCUUGGAAACUCUUCGCCUUCCCCAUCGCCGAAUUCACCGCCUUCGUCGUCUCGUGGUCCUGCAGCUCCUUCCUGACCAUCAACCUGACGCAGGCGCAGAACUUCGCCGUCCCGCCGUACAAUUUCACCUCGCAGACUAUCGGCUUCACCAACUUUGCCAUCCUCAUUGGCGCAUUCAUCGGCCUGGCGACCAAUGGCAUUCUCUCGGAUUGGAUCAGCGACCGAGCAACGAGGAAGAACAAAGGCAUCCGCGAGCCGGAGAUGCGACUCCCCGCCAUGAUUCCCUACGUAUGCAUAAUGAUUCUCGGGAACUUCGUCGUGGCGUUUGGAUAUCAACAGAAAUGGCCCUGGGAAGCCAUCGUCAUCAUCGGCUACACCUGCGCCGGCAUUCAAGUCGCCUCCAUCCCCGCCAUCGUCACCACUUACGCCGUCGACUCGUACAAGCCCGUCGCCGGCUCGCUGAUGGUCGCCGUCACCGUCAACAAGAAUGUAUGGGGCUAUGGGUUUGCGGAGUUCAUCACGCCGUGGAUCAUCAAGCAGGGCUAUAUUCCUCCGAUUAUGACUAACAUGUCCUUGAUCACGCUGUGGUGCUCUUUUGGCAUCUUGUUCUACUACUGUGGGAAGACGUUUAGGAGGUGGUCGAGGAACAGCUCAGUGCAUAGGUUGUAGUGCGUGGGUGUCGUUCCCUUCCAUGUUGCGGCGAUACGCGAGCUCAUGAGAAAAGCGGGAAGAUGUAGCAAUCCAAAUGCGAUUCGAUUAUGUGUCAUUCCCCGUCGUAGAACGAGCAGAUCUCUCAUUCAGCUCGUUGUGCAGUCUGCC